AAAAUGCAAAGUAAUUAAAAAUAAAAAUAAAAAUAAAAAUAGAAAGCAGUGUCAUUGCUUUCUCCACCCAAUCCACUACAGCACCCCUCUACUGGUCCUUUCCAUUGACAUUUCCAUUUUUCCGCCGUUAAAUUGCUGAACCAUUCUUCAGAGAGAGAGAGAAUCUCCAAGAAUGGUUUUCUCUUUGGUUAUAUCACCAUCACCUGCCCUCUUCCUUCCAAGAAAACUUCCUAAUCUUCGCCGCUCCAAACCUCCACUAUCAAUUCACUCUUCUGCUUCUUCUUCUUCUUCUUCUUCUUCUAUUUCUAUGUCCGUUUCAGGCAAUUCGAAAUCGACCCAGUUCGAUUUGAAGACUUAUUGGAUGACCCUUAUAUCAGAGAUCAACCAGAAGCUUGAUCAGGCUAUUCCGAUUCAAUACCCAGAGGAGAUCUAUGAGGCCAUGAGAUAUUCCGUGCUCGCAAAGCGGACCAAGCGAGCCCCGCCUGUCAUGUGUAUUGCUGCCUGUGAGCUCUUCGGUGGUAAUCGCCUCGCUGCCUUCCCUACUGCAUGUGCUCUUGAAAUGGUCCAUGCAGCUUCUUUGAUUCAUGAUGAUCUUCCCUGCAUGGAUGAUGCCCCAUCACGUCGAGGCCAGCCCUCAAACCAUGCAGUCUAUGGGGUUGACAAGGCAAUCCUUGCUGGGGAUGCACUGUUCCCUCUUGGCUUCCGACACAUUGUCUCCAACACACCCUCAGAUCUUGUUCCAGAGCCUCGCCUUCUCCGUGUGAUUGCUGAGAUUGCUCGUGCUGUGGGGUCCACGGGAAUGGCUGCUGGUCAGUUCCUUGACCUCGAGGGUGGCCUAAAUUCUGUAGAGUUUGUUCAAGAGAAAAAAUAUGGUGAAAUGGGUGAGUGUUCUGCAGUGUGCGGAGGAUUGUUGGCAGGUGCUGAAGAUGAUGAGAUACAAAGAUUGAGGAGGUAUGGAAGAGCUGUUGGGGUAUUAUAUAAAGUGAUUGAUGAUGUAUUGGAAGCAAAAUCAAUGAGUAAGGAAGAUGAGGAGAAUGAGAAAAAGAAAGCGAAAAGUUAUGUCAGUUUAUAUGGGGUUGAGAAGGCAGUGGAGGUUGCAGAAGAGCUGAGAACCAAGGCUAAGAAGGAAUUGGAUGGGUUUGAGAAGUAUGGGGAGAGUGUCCAGCCACUAUAUAACUUUGUUGAUUAUGCAGCUGAUAGAGGUUUCAGUGUUUUAGAGUUGAAUUGAUGAUGGUAUUUUAGGUCCUAUUCUGGUGGGAGAAUCUUAUAUUUAGGAGUAACUUAUGGAUUGGAUGGAUGGAAAGUAUGGCAUACCACCAUUGGCAUUAAUAUUUUGAUGGUUCAUCAUGCUGUUGUAGGUGAAGUUCUUAUAACUGUAGUUGAAUUCUACUGGUUUUCCUCCCUUGGCUUUUCGGCUACAAAAAUCCCAGAUGGUGGCAAGGACGAUGAGAUAACGACAGCAACCAUUGUGUGAUUUUCCCAUAUGAAUGUUCGGUUAAGACUUCUCAGGGUCCAAGUUUGAUAGGUCUUGCACCAUUUCCCUUACGGGAAAGUGCUUUCGCUGAUUACGUAAAUUGAAGUUGUUGUGUCGAUCAAUAAUUUGGGUGAGGAAACAAGGAGAUAGAAAGGACAAGCCGCAUUAGUAAAGAUGACAUAUCAUUAGCUUUCCCGUGUAUUCAAUUGAAGACGAUCAUGUAUUGCCUUGUUUAUUGGCUCGAAAAUUAUGCAUUAUUUAGAUUGGGGGAUAAUGGAUCCUUUAUUGCAA